AUGACGACAAUUAAUGCCGACUAUGAUGAUGCUAUGACGCAUCAAUCGCAUUCGCACGGAUACAGACUCUCGAAUGAGUCUCAGCAUAACGAAGACGAGCAGCCAGUGUCUCCUGAGUAUGCACCUCGUGCAAGCAUCGACUCUCUAGGCGGUGAUGAAGAACCACAGACUGAGCGUCAAGCCUUGGAGGAUUCUUCAGAGGAACCUUUCACCGAGAUCAAUCAGUAUGUUGAAGACGUCGUUCAGCCUGGCUUUGACGAGGCCAUACUUAGAGCUUUAUGCGAAAUGGACGGAGGCGUGCCGCUUUUGCUUGAUCGAAUAAAGCAGAGCAUGGUUUCCUGUAGGGAGGCAUCCAUCUUUCUCAAAAAACGCGCGGUCUUAGAAGAGGAGUAUGGUAGGGGAAUGCAAAAAUUAGCAAGGCAAAGCUCCGAAGUUUACUCCAUGAACGACGGCAAGGCCGGGACUUAUGUUUCUGCUUGGCAUGCCACAAUGAAGAUCCACGAAAUUAUCGGAGACAACCAUGUCCGGUUCGCAACUCGACUGAAUGAGAUGAAUGAGGAGCUGUCGUCAUUAUCAAAGGAGGUCGACAAGAAUCGGAAAGGAACAAAAGAAUUGGCGUCUCGGUAUGAACGUUCGUUGCAGGAAUCAGAGGCCACAUUGGAUAAAGCUAAAAACCGGUUCGAUUUAACUGCCGAAGAACUUCAGCGCUUCCUAAUCUCAAAAGAAGGAGAGUCCAGUAAAGAGGCAGGAAUGCCUGGAACGACUGCUAGUAAAGGAGGCAAUAAAAUUGGGAAGACUUUAGCGAAAGGUGGUAUGCUAUUGAAAGUUCGUAGUCCAGCAAAUCUGCAACGUCAAGAAGACGACAUACGGUCUCGAAUGUCGUCGACUUCAGAUGCAUACCGCAAGGCCGUCAUGGAGACUCAGACCCUCCGCCAGGAGUAUUUUAACUUCCAGUUGCCUAGAAUUCUUCGUUCCCUCAAAGAGUGUGCAGAUGAGAUUGAUCUUGGAUUACAGUACCAUUUGUCUCGUUACGCGUUCCUAAUGGAGAGCACGGCACUGAGUGAUGGGACUACGUUGUCUCCGACUGGAGUCGAAGAUGGGCCGGGGAUAAAACAUGUCAUCAACUCAAUUGACAAUGCCCAUGACUUCAAGGUGUUCAUGCAACAUUAUUUGGUAGCGCAUGCUCCCAAAGGGCCACGGAGAGAAGGGCCUUGGGAGGAAGGAUUCCUCCCUCCAUUACCGAGCGUAAGUCACGAGAAGCCCAUCGCGCCAGUCGCGUCCUCUGCGUCCCAACCCUCAUCGACGCUUACGUCAUCAUUGACGUCGUCUACUGCCGCAUCAGACAAUCCGUCACUGCCGAAAUCCACAGUGCAACCGACAUUUGGUGUCCACCUGGCUGAACAAAUGGUUCGCGACAAUGUGGAACUCCCAAAAGUUGUAGAGAAGUGUUGUAGACAUAUACAAGAGCGGGGGUUCGAUGUCGUUGGGAUUUAUCGAUUGAGUGGGACGACCAGCAAAGUGCAGAAAUUGAAAACACUUUUCGACCGCGACGUGGAUGCAGUUGACCUUUCGACGCCAGAAUGGGCAGAUAUCAACAUAGUCUCCUCAGCCCUAAAACUUUGGUUCCGAGAUCUCCCUGAACCUCUAUUAACAUGGUCGUUGUACUACGGGUUCAUUGAAGCCGCCAAGAUCGAAAACGACCGUUUGCGCCACAUCAGACUCCACGAGAGAGUGAACGACUUACCAGAUCCCAACUAUGCUACGCUAAAGUACCUAAUUGGACAUUUACACCAGGUUACUAAGCGACAGCACAUCAAUCAAAUGAGUGCUUCCAACUUAUCAAUCGUCUUCGGUCCAACACUUCUUGGACCGCCGCCUUUGUCCAGGAAUCCGUCGGUGGCGUCUCAUUCUGGGAAUGGGAAUACUGGGGUCAGUACUGAAGGCGGGAAUUCGCUGCAAGACAUGAACUGGCAGUGCAAGGCCAUCGAAACCAUCUUGGAACAUUACGAGGACAUCUUCGUAGAUGAAAAUGAGGAAAGACCAUAGAUAUACAGGUGGAUCAAUUUUACUAGGUGAUGCAUGCUUUAGUAUUGGCUAACUCAACCCGGUGUACAAGCUGGCUUGACACGUCGAGUUUCUCGCCUCAGAUUUUAAUUGUACUUGUGCACUUUCUUACGCUUGUAUAAUGUAUCCCUCAAUAGUAUAGUUGAUGAUUCCUGCAGUGUUCAAU